UCCUCUCGCCGUGUUCCCGCGCCGUUCCGGUCUUCAGGGCGGACUGUGAGAGAAGAGGAGUUCGUCACGCUGCCCCGCCUACAUCCUGACAGCCAAUGUUUGCCACGCUCCACAGGCCGGAUUAAAAGGUCCGCCGGGCCGUACUGCAGAGUCCUGACUUUUGGGGCGGCCGCCCGAGAGGAGGGAGGGGAGUGGGCGCCCGGCACACAGAAGACCCUAUUGCCUGUCACCAGCCAUGGGUUGCCGACACCCGCCCUAGGUGGAUGGUAGCCUACUUGGAGUUCCUACGAAUUCAUCCAAAAUUACAGAAGA